AUGGUUGACGUGGUGCGCACAAAGUCGAACCUCUUCCGUCCAUCACAUCGCGCCUCGCCCUCGGUCGAGGCGAACAAUGCGGCACAACUAGCCGCUGCCAUGCCCCGGCCUUCACGGGGCGUCGGGCAGUCGGCCUCGGAUGCUGCCUCUGCUGCCGAAUUUGCAUCCAAGAAGUACGUCUGGAUUCCCGAUCCCAACGUCGGCUACAUCUCCGCUUGGGUCAUCAAGGAGGAAGGCGAAACCUCGCUCUGCGCAUUGCAAGAUGGCUCCAAUCGCACCGUUCCCACCUUCGAGUUGAGCAAGAUGAACCCGCCCAAGUUCGACAAGGUCGAAGACAUUGCCGACCUCACCUUUCUCAACGAAGCCAGCGUCGUGCAUAACUUGCGGCAGAGGUACUUUAGCUCGCUCAUUUACACCUACUCAGGUCUCUUUUUGGUCGCUGUCAACCCAUAUCACUCGCUCCCUAUCUACACAGACGCCAUUGUAGCUGCAUACAAGGGCCGUCGCAGAGAGGAGAAUGCCCCUCACGUUUUUGCUCUUGCAGACGAGGCCAUGCGCAACAUGAUUGACAAUCGCGAGAAUCAAAGUCUUCUCAUCACCGGAGAGUCGGGUGCCGGCAAGACGGAAAACACCAAAAAGGUCAUUCAGUAUCUCGCCGCCAUCGCCGCCGAUCCGACCGCUCAUUCUUCCCAGUCUCCUGCGAAUACUUUGACCGCCUCCUCCUCCCGCGAAGUCCUCGAUCGCAUCAACGGCGUCGAACCUGUCGCGGCCAAGCGCCUUGGUCUCCUCGAGCGACAGAUCUUGCAGGCCAACCCGAUUCUCGAAGCCUUUGGUAACGCACAAACCAUCCGCAAUAACAACUCGAGUCGUUUCGGCAAGUUUGUCCGCAUCGAAUUCACCUCGGUCGGCGCCAUCGCCGGCGCCAACAUCGACUGGUACCUCUUGGAAAAGAGCAGAGUCGCCAUCCGGAGCGAGAACGAGCGAAGCUUCCACAUCUUCUACCAGCUCCUCCGUGGUGGUGAGCCUGAGCUCAAGCAAAAGCUCCUGCUCACCAGCUCGCCCGAAGACUAUGCCUAUCUCAAAGGCACGCGCAAGGAUGUCGAAGGCGUUGAUGACCCUGCCGAGUGGAAAUUGUUGCGCAACGCCCUUGACACAGUCGGCUUCACCCCCGAGGAGCAGCUCAACCUCUUCCGCGUCGCUGCCGCCAUCCUCCAGCUCGGAAAUAUUCAGCUAGCAACGGACCGUUCCGAGCAAGCCCGAAUCACCAACAUGCCUCAGGUCGAAAAGAUCUGCCACGUCCUCGGUCUGCCAGAGCAGGAGUUCUCCAAAGCGCUCCUUCGACCGCGUGUCAAGGCCGGACGCGAAUGGGUCACUUCUUCCAGAACCAUGCGUCAGGUGUCAGAGGAGAUGGCCGCACUCAGCAAGACGCUUUACGAGAAAGCCUUUGGCUGGCUCGUCGACCGCAUCAACAAGGCGCUCGACCGCCCCACCAGCAAGAGCAGUUUCAUCGGCGUCCUCGAUAUCGCCGGUUUCGAGAUCUUUGACGUCAACAGCUUCGAACAGCUCUGCAUCAACUACACAAACGAAAAACUCCAGCAGUUCUUCAACCACCACAUGUUUGUCCUCGAGCAAGAGGAAUACGCUCGGGAAAACAUCGAGUGGGACUUUGUCAACUUUGGUCUCGACUUGCAACCGACCAUCGACCUCAUCGAGUCGACGACACCCAUCGGCAUUCUCUCCUGCCUCGACGAAGAAUGUAUCAUGCCCAAGGCGACCGAUUCCACCUUUACGGAAAAGCUCAACCGCAUCUGGGGCACCAACCGGGACGGCUCCGCUAUCGACGCCGCUGGCGCAGCCAUGGCGGCGGAGAAGGGUCUAGCUCACGGCUCCACCAAGUACGGACGUACCCGAUUCGCCCAAGGCUUCGUCGUCAAGCACUACGCUGGAGAUGUCGAAUACCGUACCGAUGGCUGGCUCGACAAGAACAAGGAUCCGCUCAACGACAACCUCACCCGCGUCAUGUCCGAAUCCAACGACCGCUUCAUUGCCUCGCUCUUUGCCGAAUAUGCCGAAGUCGACGAAGAAAGCUCGCUCGCUUCGGCGCCCAAGCGUCGCGUCAAGCGCGGUGCCUUCCGUACCGUCGGUCAGAGGCACAAGGAGCAGCUCAACUCCCUCAUGGGCCAGCUUUCGUCAACUCAGCCUCACUUUGUUCGUUGCAUCGUCCCCAAUCCGGAGAAGAAGCCAGGCAAGAUGGAUGUACCGCUCGUGCUCGAGCAGUUGCGUUGCAACGGUGUGCUCGAAGGCAUCCGUAUCGCACGUCUCGGAUAUCCAAAUCGACUCCUGUUCUCCGAGUUCAGGAACCGCUACGAAGUCUUGACGCCAGGCAUCAUUCCUCCCGGCUACAUGGACGGCCGUAAAGCCUGUCAAAGGAUGGUCGAAGCGCUCGAGCUCGACAAGUCUACCUUCAAGGUCGGUACCUCCAAGAUCUUUUUCAAAGCCGGCGUGCUAGCCGAGAUGGAGGAGCGCAGAGACACGCAUCUCUAUGAUAUCUUCAGCCGUUUCGGCGCAGCUUGCCGUAUGUACACGGCUCGCCGUCAGAUGAAGAAGAUCCUCAACCGCGCGGCGGCAGUGCGAACGGUCCAGCGCAAUGCACGUCUCUACGUUGAACUGCGCGAAUGGCCAUGGUGGCAGCUCUACACGCGGGUGCGACCGCUGCUGACAGCCACACGGCACGAUGAAGAGCUCAAGCGCAAGCAACUCGAGCUGGCUAUGGUCACUGAACGCGCCGAGCGAGACCAGAAGGAACGUGAGGCGCUCGAGACGCUCAAGUUCCAGCUCGAGACGGAAAAGCGCAAGAUUGAAGAGCAGCUCGAGUCGGAGCGAACCUUGUUGCUGGAUAAGGACCAGCUUCUAGCCCGCUCCAAGGAGCGCGAGUCCGCCCUCGAGGACGACUUGGCAGCACUCCAAGGCGACGUCGAUUUGCUGGAAGGUCAGCUCGAGAAGGCAAUGGCCACCCAAAAGGCGACAGAGCAAGCGCACUCGGAGCUGAAGUCCGCUUUCGAUCAGGCUGCCGACCACCUCUUGCGACUUGAGGCAGAGCAAAGAGCGUGGAAGGAAAAGGAAGACACCUUCAUGCGCGAUCUUAGCAAGCACAGCACCAACGCCGAUCAGUUCCGCUCCGAGCGUCAGGCUUUCGCAGCUGAAAGGGACGAACUGUCGCGCAAGUUGCAGGAGAAGGAGCAGGACGUCGAUCGUGCCCACAAGCGCAUGCUCGCCGCUGUGCAGGAGGUCGAGGUCAAGCUGUUGGCCGAAGCCAAGAGCCGCGAAGAAGAGCAAAAGCGCGCUUCGCAGCUCGAAGACCAGACGCGCCAGUCGUCCUAUCAGCUUUCGGAGCUACAGCGCCUUGCAUCGAGCCACGAAGCUCGUGUCCAGGACAAGGAGCGCGAGGUCAAUCAACUGCAAAAGCAGGUCUCGGAUCUCUCUCGAGAGCGCGAAGCGCUCACGAAGCAGCUAUCUGAUCUCAAUCUCAAGCUCGACACUCUCGCCUUUGAUGUCAAGUCAGCAAAGGACGAACACGCCAAGACCAACCAGGCCAAGGCUGCCCUCCAGAAAGAGCUGGACGAAACACGACGAUUGAUGGAGGCCAAGAGCUCGGAAGACGUCAAGACCAAGGAGAUCCAUCGCAUGAAGGAGCAAGAGCUCCAGACGCUGCGAGAGCAGAUGGCAAGUGUUCAAAAGGAGCUCUCCGAGACCAAGCACUCGAGUCUGGAGCAAAUUUCGGCGCUGCGUGCGGAAAUCUCUGCGGCGCAGAAAGAGGCCAAAUCCCAUGGUGCUGCAAGACAAGACGCCGAGGCGCAGGUACGUGAUGCCGAGGUGCGCGUCCGAGAUGCUGAUGCCAAGAUCGCUGCUGCUGAGAAGGCCAAGCGCGAGGCAGAGGCUCAGCUGCAAGAAGCGCAAAGCAAGUCUGCGGUGAUCAAUCGCGGACUCGCAGAAGCACUCAAGAACAAGGACUCGCUCGAGAAGCAGUUGCAAGCUUCUGCUACCAAACAUCAAGAUCUCGAAGACGCCCUCUUGGAGCUCGAGCGACGCGAGACCAACUGGAAGCACAAGGCGGAUCAGGUGGCCGUCGAGCUCAGUGCCGAGUCGAAGCGACGGGACCUGCUCGAGCAGGCGCACAAGCAGGCAGAACGCAACGCAAACAGUCUGCAGCAGCUGGUGGCCGGUAAGGACAAGGAGAUCAGCGGUCUCAAGCAUGAGCUCACGCUGGCUCAGCAGGAGAUGCGCAAGCUUCAGUCGAUGCAGAACAAGACCAUCGUCGAGCAUGUUCACGUGCUCGAAGAGGCGAAAAAGUACACGGAUCGCCAGCUGCAAGAUGCGCAGGCCAAGCUGCAAGAGCUCGCGCACUACACCAAGACACUCGAGAAGAGCAAGACGCGGCUUGCCAACGAGAACGAGGACUUGACGCGCGAGUUGACGCGGCUCCAGCGGGCCAACGGCGGCGUUGCGGCUGCUUCGCCGACCAUCAGCAACGGCUUGCGUGGUGCCGUCACUACGUACGGCAACGUGGCGCCUUCUUCCGCAGCCAAUGGCAGCGAUACAAAGUCGCUCAAGAAGCUCGAGGAUAAGGUGGCAGAGUUGACCUCUUCAUUGCGACAAGCACAGCAGCAGCGCGAUGAGGCCAUGUCGAAUGCGCGUCGCAAGGAUCUGCAGGCCGACGAGAUGGUGAGCCGAGCGCGCCGACAGUACGAGCAGCACGUCCAGGAGCUUGAGCGACAGCUCAAGAACUCGCAGAUUGCGCGUAGCACGACCAUGACCAACUUGGAGGAGCUGAUCCUCGCAGGGCAUGGAUCGCCGCAGGCUACUGGUGGCUCGAGUGAUGGGUUGAGGCAUCAGAUUCUGGACGAACUGCGACGAGGACACGAGGAGUUGGAACAAGAUAUUGCGGCCAAGAGCGACUUGCUUCGAUCGCACAAGGGCGGCGCGGGCGGUGUGGCGACCAACGGAUCGGCCGCCCACCAACCCGCACGCGGCUCGAGCAGCUACUACGUCUAUGGCAACGACGCCAAGCCUCGCAACGGCCACAGCAACGGCAGCAGCUCGUCGUCAAGCAGCGGCUCAACGCACGAGCUCGAGUCGAAACUCGCCGAGAUGACGCGCGCCUACCAAGACUCGCUCACCUCGCAACGCGCCUCGCAAGUCCACAUGACGCAACUCGUGACCCAAAUCCGUGACCUCCAAGCCGGCCUCGACGAGAGUGAACUCAAGUACGACCAACUCGCCGCCGCCUACCAGAGCCUCAUCCAGGAAGCCGGCGUCGACGAAUCCAUGAUCUCUUCGUUGCAACAUACGCUAGAGAAGUACAAGAGCCAGGCGGACAAGCACAUGGAGAACUGGAGACGAACGACGAUGGAGCUGGAGAAGCAUACGGCUAGCUUGCGGGGUGCGGGGGGACGGACGAGGACGGGCAGCAGUCUGGGAGAUGUCAUGGGGAGUCCAACAAGGAGUGCGUUGAGUAUGCGCUAG